AACACAUCCCAUCCCUAGUCCACACCCAAAGCCCAACCAAACAAACAUUCCAUCGAAAUCAGCGAAAUUAAUACAAAAAUUCCCAUACAAAGCAUGCAAAAGUCGUCUCAUUUUGCACGCGAGGAUUCCCAGGAGCAUCUGCCCACACACCCACAGCAGCAGCAUCAGCAGCAGCACACCGUCAACAUGAAGCGACGCACCCUCUCCGGCAGCUGUGGCGUUGGCGUCUUCAUCUUUGCCUUCGCCUUCAUCGCCAUUGCCUUUGCAACGCCCAGUUGGCUGGUCAGCGAUUACCGCAUUACGGGCGCCAAGUUGGAUCGCCUGGGCUUGUGGGUGCACUGCUUCCGUUCGCUCCCAGAUGUCAACGACGAUAGCCAGCGACGGUUCUUUGUGGGAUGUCGCUGGGUGUAUGACCCAUUUACCACGGGCUACGACGAGAUACGCGGAUUCCUGCUGCCAGCCUUCAUGAUUGCCACACAGUUCUUCUACACGCUCGCCUUCAUUGGCAUGCUGCUGAGUGCCAUUGGUGUGCUGGUGUUCUUCCUGUGCGCCGGACCCGACCAGAAGCACUUCAUCACACUGAUCCGAUCCGUUGGCUAUGUACUGCUCGGCGCUGGCGUCUGUGCAGCCAUUGCCGUCAUUGUGUUUGCCGGCUUUGGCAAUCGGAAUGGCUGGAUGCCGGAGCAUGCAAACAACUGGUUCGGCUGGUCCUUCAUCCUGGCCUGUGUGGGCACCGUGCUGACCCUGGUGGCGGCCACAUUGUUCCUCAGCGAAGCGCAUGUGCAGCAACGCAAGCGUUUGCAGUUCAAAGAGUCGCAGACUCGAUUCGAGUUGGUCCGCGGAUAGUUACGGCAACAAGCAGCAGUAGCAGUAGCAGCAGUAGCGUCCGCAGCAACAACAGCAACAACAUUCCGUCCCCACGACACACACAAACUUCUACGAAGAAUUCUCACCAUAAUAAUUAAAUAUAGUUUUUUUUUUAGUUGGAAAUGUUUAUGCAAUUGCCAGACGACGACGACAGACUGUCGUCGAAUACCCUAUAACCCAGCACAUCACAUCAGAAGAAACUUUCAGUUUUAUGGUACUUAUGAAUCAUCCAUCCAAUCCGACGACGACGAAGACGAUAACAAAAAGUUCUAAAUGAAGACUGAAUGUAUCCGCAAUGAAAUCUUCUUCCUUCGGCAGUAUUUAUGCAAAGAAGCUCAAACAAAAGUGACUCAUUUAUUUAUGUGUAGAGUAUAUGACAAUUUGCAUAUCAAACUUUGUCGCUCAAUUAACGCCCGCGCACACAGCCCGUAGCCCGUACCCGCAAUUGCCACCCCCUUCACUCACAUACAUAGUACACUACACCUUGCUGUAAAGUCGCAGAGCUCUGUCUGAACUAGCAACGAAAUAUUACACUCGUGCCUUAAUUAGAGAAGCUUUUUUGGUAUAGUUUAUAGCGCUUAAAAUACAUACAUACAUAUUACUAUUAGAUUCGACUACCUGAUCCACACACAGACCUGCGACACAAAACCCUUCUUCCCCCCCACCAACCCAUUUGAAUUGCAUAAACUUCUGCUAUGAAAGUGCCUUAGUUAAGAACCCAGACAACACAAAAACAACAAAAACAAACCUAAGCAAAAACGUCCAAUAACUUGUAAGAAACAAAGUGAAUAGAAGAAUUCAUCCCUUUUAUACUCGAAUAUUUUUGAAUAUAAAUCUAUAUGUAUACAUAUAUGUACGUAUAUGUAUUAGUGUUUUUUUCAAUUUCCAAUGCACUGUUUUGCAUAUGUAUUUAGCAAUGUAUUAAACAAAAAACGAACCAUCUUUAUACAAAACACGCCCAACCCCCUGACCCCAUCCCAUAUACAAUAAUAUGUGUAACAUUUUUGAUGUACAAAGCGAAUAAAGUUUUUAUUGUAUACAAAAUAAAA